AGCUGUGGAAGGCUGUCGGUCCACUUUGGUCUCUGCGAAGCACGCCCUGAACCAUGGAUGACAUAUCCAAGAAAACGGAUGAACGAGUACCUCGAGGGACGGCACAGGCGGAGCCCAGGCCCUCGCAGUCCACGGUCGACGAUCCGGCAGUGCGGUCAUCGGACGGGACUUCGAGCAAGCAGGCAAAACAUGGCGAAAGCCUCAACGCAUCUGAGCAGCAGGCCAAGAACGCCAGCCCUCGGUCGCGCAGACGCAAGCCGCGAGGGGGAUACUUGUUAUCCCCCAAGAGAAGCGAGGACACGACCCGGCGCACGUCGGCCGUGGAGCGGGCCCUGCGCUGGCGGACCGGCAUGUGCCUGCUCCUGGCGCUCGUGGUGGCGGCGUCGGCGCUGCUGUUCGUCUACCUGCUGUUCUUCAAGGACCCUCGCCGGCGCGUCGACUACUGCUUCACCGAGGACUGCGUGGCGCACGCCGCCGAGCUGCUCGGCACGCUCAACGCGGAGGCCGACCCGUGCCAAGACUUCUACGAGUUUGCUUGCGGCAAGGCGACCGACGCCGGAAGGAGUGGGAGGGAUCCGCUCGUCCACAGGAUGUAUCUUAGGACCCUCGAUGCCGGCGCCAGAUCGCUCGAGGAAAACCAAGCCGCCACCGCCGCCGCAGGGUCCACGCUCACAGCCGAGCUGCUCUACCAGAGCUGCGUCGGCCCGAAGCGCAGCGACGCCGAGCGCAGCCUGGCCGAAUUCCGAGAGUUCCGCGCUGCGCGCGGCAUGCGCUGGCCCGAGAGCCCGCAGCCGGCCGACGGCGUGGACCCGCUGGACCUGAUGCUGGACCUGGCCAUCAACUGGAACCUCAACUUCCUCUUCGACGUGCGCGUCCUCGCCCUGCCGACGGCCGAGCCCGCGCUGGUGCUCUCCCGCGGCAAGCUCGGCUACGUCUGGCAGGACGACGUCCGCCGCAGGUCCGUGCAAGGCGGCGCGCAGGAAUACGAAGGCUACGUGCACGAGUACUACCGGGUCCUCUCGGUGGCGCCACAGUCGAACGUUACGGCGGCGACGUUGAGGGAACUGGAGGAGGCCAUCCUGGCGGCCAAGCUCGACGUGGCUGCCGACGAGUCGGAGCAGACCUGGUUUCAGUUUAGCUCCCUCGGCAACAACACGCCCUCUGUUGAACCCGGCGCGUGGCUUACGCUGGUCAACAAGCAGUUUGCGGGGCAGUUCGUUUGGUCCGACGAGCACUGGGUCGUCGUCGACGGGCCAGCGGUGCUCAGCCACGUGGACAAGCUGCUGCAGGCCUACGGAAACCAACUGCUAGUCGUGGGUCUCGCCUGGGUCUUCGUCCAGUCGCACCUUUGGGCGGUCGCCAACAGGGCCGAGCUGGUCUUCCGCGAUGACACCGUCGGACACCGCAGGCACGCCUGCUUCGAGUACGCCGAGUCCCGAUUCGGUUUGCUGAGUGUGGCCGAGCUCCUGGCUAAGACUUUCGGCCCGGAAGACGCCAGGCGGAACGUGGCUGAUUUCGAGAGCGUCCUGAAACUAGCCGCUGCGGCGAAGCUGGGCGAGUCCACCUGGAUCGAGGCUUCAGCUAAAAAGGUGGCGCUCCGUAAAGUGGACAGGCUCUCGCUGGUGCUGCUGCCGCCGGCCGAUUUCUUCGACAAGGAUUGGCGUCAGCGACUCGGCGAUCGCUACGGCGCCGCUGGAACGGGCUUUGUGAGCAACCUGCUGAACGCCUCGCGUUCCUACCGCGACCUGCGCUCAGAGAGGUCGCUCUUCGACAGCGUCUGCAGCCGUCGCAUGUUUCCCAGCGACCGCCACGCCAGCUACGUCUACGUCGCCAAUCGUGCCGACGUGUCGCUGGGUUCGGUCGCGGCUCCGCUGUACUACCUGAAAGGCACGUUCGCCAUGAACUACGGCGCUCUGGGCACGGUCUUGGCGGCGCAGUACGCCAGGAGCUUCGAUCUGCGCGGCAGCGGGCUCGACGAAUCCGGCAGGCGAACGCGCUGGUGGAAGCAGGCCGACUACCGCAGCAGGGCAGAGUGCGAGCUCGCGGCCCACAACGGCAACGAGUCCGCCCUCGAUGCGGUGCGAGUGUUUCCGGCCUUGGUGGCGCUGGAGAUAGCCUUCGCGGCCUUCAAGCAGGCCGUCCACGAAGAUUCACAGCGGUUGUACGAUUUCAAGUUGCCCCACCUGGAUGCAUACACGGAUAAGCACAUCUUCUUCAUCACCUACUGCCACACCCUCUGCGGCGCCCCCUCCGCGAGGGAGCGCUGCAACGUUCCUCUGCGUCACUUCCUGCCUUUCCUCAAAGCCUUCCGCUGCUCGCGGGACUCUGCGAUGAGCGCCGCUGAGAAGUGCAGCUUCUUGGACGCCUAGACACCGACUACCGGCUUACGCAAUUUUUCGCGUUUACGAUACAAGUGCAUUGUUAUAGCUGUGUCUUACGUUUGCGUAGCUCAAGCUAAUCUCGAUUGUUUAAUGGUUGUAUGACGUACGCAAACACGCGUCGUUUAGGUUAGGCUGUGAGCAUUAUUAAUUUUUCUUUGUUUUAUUGAUUUCCGUCAGCCCUGUACAGGGCUUUCACAGGAGUGGAUAAAGAUGCGUGUAUGCCACACAGAGAGCAACACGAAGGAUCAUAUGA